AUGUAUGUACAAGUAUCAGCAAGUGAAAACAGUGAUCCUAUUGACAUGCCUACGGAAGGCGACAACAGUCUUCUGUUAUCUACUUUAGAAGCACAAUAUCCUGGAAUAAUCGGUUUGAAGUAUCGUGUUAACAAUAGGUUGCGUAUAGUACGUCUCAAUGAAGGCAAAUUGUACCCUCCCGAAGAUGGCUGGUUAGAUCGUAUGUAUAUGUGCAAUUUUAGAAAUACACCUACAGAAAAACGUAAGCACAGUGAAGUUGAUGAUAAUAAUAAGGCAGAAGAUGAUAACAGUGUUUCUGAUAUGGAUUUGGUUGUACUCGGUUUACCGUGGAAGGUAACUGAAGAGGAUUUGAAAAAAUAUUUCACCAAAUUUGGUCAGGUAGAAUAUACUCAAAUUAAGACUGAUCUUAAUGGUAAAUCAAAAGGGUACGGAUUUGUCAGGUUUAAGCAUAAGAAAUCUCAAGUCCGCGUUAUGCUAGAACGACACAACAUUGAAGGUCGAUGGUGUGAUGUACGUAUACCAAAUAGUAAAGAUAAACAUGUAAAUAAAGUUCCGCGUAAAGUAUUUAUAGGUCAAGUGUCUGAAGACGUGGAUGAAGAUGCAUUAAAAAAUUAUUUUAUCAAAUUUGGUGAAAUAUCAGAUUUAUUUUUACCCAGACCACAUAGAGGUUUUGCAUUUGUGACAUUUACUGACCCUUUAUCAGCUCAAAAGGUUAUUGGUAAAGAUCAUAAAGUUGGUGACUGUAGUGUGGUGUGUACAGAAGCUAUACCAAAAAAAGAAAUGGCUCCCAAAUGGAAUGAUUACGAUAGUAGAGACAGAGUUAAGGAUAGGAGAAGAGAACGAUCGCCCAAUCAGCCACAAGCCUGGUCCCAAGAUCACAUUUGGGACUAUGAUCAGGAAUAUUAUGACCGGUUAUAUAGCCGAGGAAGUGGUCAUCAAUCAGCCAAUAAUAGUUAUGCAAAUGAAAAGAAUAUAAAUUCAGAAAUGGUAGCAGCUGCAGUAAACAAAGCAGUAAUGGGAGUGAUUGGAAAUUUGAAAGGACAGGGUAAUCAAGGUGAUAAAUUACCAGGAACAGAUGAUUGGUGGAUGAGGAGAUGA